AUGGCAGGUCCUGGUGUGAAACAGCUUCUGGGCAUGUCUGUGUCUGUCCUUCUCCUGAUAACACUGGGAUCAAGUGGUCAGCCGACUAAGGGUAAAGAUGUAUACCGGACACAGCUUAAUAUCAACAGGGAAGUUCGGACCCUUCUUGGCAACAUGGUGGCAAUUCCGUACUCUGAAUGUGAAGACAACUGGAGGUUUUUCCGCUUAUCAGAAUUUCUGAAAAAUAUGUCAGAGGUUCCCAUUGGGCUUUUACAGAUCACCAUCCAUCAGUUCAGUGUCAUCUUUACCGAUAACUUGGCUAACAGUGUGGAGAACAAGACGGUCACCCAGGCAAUGUCUAAAAUGCAAACGCUGCUGUAUUGGUAUAGUACAUCUGGGGACUACUCAGGUCUUAAAGAACUUACGCUAAAAUACGAAACCAAGAAAAUAAGGAGAUAUUUCCGGAAAAUGUUGAAAUACUUAAUGAAAAAGGGGUACAGCCGUUGUGCUUGGGCUUCUGUGAGAGACGAAAUGGAAAAAGUCUUGUUGCUUGUGACUUGGCACACAGACAUACUCCUGAAGAAACAUCUACAGCGUGGGCAUCCCUAA